AUGGAUUCAUUGAAAAACAUAGCAGAACAACUGCAACUCCAGAUUUCUGAUGGUACAAUUUCAAAGGCUGAAGAACUCAAGCGACGAGCAGAAGCUCGUGGUCCCGUUGCGCUUCUAGGCAGUAUCUACUACAAUGCAGAUCCACGACUCUUGGGAACUCUGUGUCUUCAUAUUGCAUGCGAGCGAUCUUUAGAAAACUUUGUUGAUGUUAUAACAGUAGCAAAAUACCUUAGAAUCAAAAUCCCUCAAUACAGACAGUUGAAUCGACAGCUAUCGGAAAAACUCGCACCCACUGUUUUUAUUUCCGGACCAUUCUCCAUCAAGAAUUCACCAUCUUCGCGAACUGCAAAACUAAAGAAAAUGAUGGUUCAGUUUGGAUGCACACAGAUUCAUUCACAGGUCGAAUUGCUUCAUCAUGGGUUCAAAACAAAAUACAGUGCAAGCCUGGGAAGUGGUCUACGAUCCACAGUUGAUUGGUAUUCAGAUGACAUCGCCAAUGCUGUUUUUUUCUCUGCGUGCUCUGCAGCAAAGAUUAGUAUCCCGAAAAUUAAACGAGAUAGUGAAGGAGCAUCGACAAAAUUGGCCGUCAAGUACAUUGAAUUCAUUAAAUCUAAUUGUGGUCCAGAGCUUGAUGCCAUUAGAGCUCAUGUGUCUAAAAUUGGGUCUGCAGGUCAGACGCCAUCUAAACCUGCACUUGAAAAAUCAGUUACUUUCAAAAAGAAUGGAUUGGCGAAUCAUUCUAAUUCAAUGGAUAUAGAUCAAGAAUUGCCUAUCCCACCCAGUGCACCCACGAGUGAUGAGAAUCAUGGUAUUCAGACACCUACACGACACGGACUCAAACGAUCACCACUCAAAAUACUCAAUCAAGUCACAAAAAAGACUCUUCCUGUUGCUAGCAAAACAGCAGCACCACAACGGCCGCGUCGUCAUACUGGAAUAAAUAAUCUGGUGCAAUUUGAACAUAUCAAAACAACUCGCAAAUACAAGCAGUACAUGGCUUGGAGAGCCAGUCUUUUGGAAAAAUUAGUGAAGAGUCAUGAUAAAUGA